AACAAGAUGAGCCUAUAGGGUGCCCAGGCCACUUGGAGUUACGUAACCCAUUGUGAUUCCAAGGCAGCUCAGUCUUAGGAUUUGCCCCAACAGGCAGACUCAGAAAACUGCUGAGGCAGGCAGGGCAGGGUGGCUGUGCCUGGGCCCUGCCGGCCCAGGCUGCCAUGUAGGCUUCCUUUCUCUCUGAAUUGCGACAGGAGCUCACUUCUGCACAUGGCCCUGGUCUUUCAGUUUGGGCAGCCCGCACGGGCCCAGGCUCUGCAGGGACUCUGCCAGAGCAAACUCGUUCCAGCAAACUCAUGCGAUGUGUGCAAUAGCACCGACCUUCCGGAAGUCGAGAUCAUCAGCCUGCUGGAGGAGCAGCUGCCCCAUUACAAGUUAAGAGCUGACACCAUCUACGGCUAUGCUCACGACGACUGGCUGCACACUCCCCUCAUCUCUCCUGACGCCAACAUCGACCUCACCACCGAGCAAAUUGAAGAGACCCUGAAAUACUUCCUUUUAUGUGCUGAAAGAGUUGGCCAGAUGACUAAAACAUACAAUGACAUAGAUGCGGUUACUCGUCUUCUUGAGGAGAAAGAGCGGGAUUUAGAGUUAGCUGCUCGGAUUGGCCAGUCGUUGUUGAAAAAGAACAAAACUCUAACCGAAAGGAACGAACUGCUAGAGGAACAAGUCGAACACAUCAGGGAGGAGGUGUCUCAGCUCCGGCACGAGCUGUCCAUGAAGGAUGAGCUGCUGCAGUUCUACACCAGCGCUGCUGAGGAGAGCGAGCCCGAGUCCGUCUGCUCGACCCCGUUGAAGAGGAAUGAGUCCAACUCCUCAGUCCAGAACUACUUUCAUUUGGAUUCUCUUCAGAAGAAACUAAAGGACCUUGAAGAGGAGAACGUGGUGCUUCGAUCAGAGGCCUGCCAGCUGAAGACAGAGACCAUCACCUACGAGGAGAAGGAGCAACAGCUGGUCAAUGACUGUGUGAAGGAGCUGAGGGAUGCCAACGUCCAGAUUGCCAGUAUCUCAGAGGAAUUGGCCAAGAAGACUGAAGAUGCUGCCCGUCAGCAGGAGGAGAUCACACAUCUGCUGUCACAAAUUGUGGAUUUGCAGAAGAAGGCAAAAGCUUGUGCGGUGGAGAAUGAAGAACUCGUCCAGCACUUGGGGGCUGCUAAGGACGCCCAGCGGCAGCUCACAGCCGAGCUGCGCGAACUCGAGGACAAGUAUGCAGAGUGCAUGGAAAUGCUUCAUGAGGCUCAGGAGGAGCUGAAGAACCUCCGGAACAAGACCAUGCCGAACACCACGUCCCGGCGCUACCACUCUCUGGGCCUGUUCCCCAUGGACUCCUUGGCAGCAGAGAUCGAGGGGACAAUGCGCAAGGAACUGCAGCUGGAAGAGCCCGAGUCGCCAGAUGUCACUCACCAGAAGCGUGUCUUUGAGACUGUAAGAAACAUCAACCAGGUCGUCAAGCAGCGGUCUCUGACCCCUUCUCCCAUGAACAUCCCCGGCUCCAACCAGUCCUCGGCCAUGAACUCCCUCCUGUCCAGCUGUGUCAGCACCCCCAGGUCCAGCUUCUAUGGCAGCGACGUCAGCAACAUCGUCCUGGACAACAAGACCAACAGCAUCAUCCUCGAAACAGAGUUGUCCGACCCGGGAAACGACCGGGAUAAGAAGCCAGGGACACCGGGCACCCCUGGCUCCCACGACUUGGAGACGGCUCUGCGGCGGCUGUCCCUCCGCCGUGAGAACUACCUGUCAGAGAGGCGGUUCUUUGAGGAGGAGCAGGAACGGAAGCUCAGAGAGCUGGCAGAGAAGGGCGAGCUGCUCAGCGGCUCCCUCACACCCACGGAGAGCAUCAUGUCCCUCGGCACACACUCCCGCUUCUCCGAGUUCACCGGCUUCUCUGGCAUGUCCUUCAGCAGCCGCUCCUACCUGCCUGAGAAACUCCAGAUUGUAAAGCCGCUGGAAGGUUCUGCCACCCUCCACCACUGGCAGCAACUGGCCCAGCCUCACCUUGGGGGUAUUCUGGAUCCCCGGCCCGGUGUGGUCACCAAAGGCUUCCGGACGCUGGACGUUGACUUGGAUGAAGUGUACUGCCUUAACGACUUUGAAGAAGAUGACACAGGUGACCACAUUUCCCUCCCGGGCCUAGCUACCUCCACGCCAGUUCAGCACCCAGAGACCUCAGCUCACCACCCCGGGAAGUGUAUGUCACAGACCAACUCCACCUUCACCUUCACCACCUGCCGCAUCCUGCAUCCUUCAGAUGAACUCACAAGGGUCACGCCAAGCCUUAACUCUGCUCCGACUCCAGCAUGUAGCAGUGCCAGCCACUUGAAGUCCACACCGGUGGCCACGCCAUGCACACCCCGGAGACUGAGCCUGGCAGAGUCCUUCACCAACAACCGUGAGUCCACGACCACGAUGAGCACUUCUCUGGGGCUGGUGUGGUUGCUGAAGGAGCGGGGCAUCUCUGCAGCUGUGUACGACCCCCAGAGCUGGGACCGGGCUGGCCGGGGAUCUCUGCUGCACUCAUAUACUCCCAGGAUGGCCGUGAUCCCCUCUACCCCACCGAACUCGCCUAUGCAGACGCCCACAUCUUCCCCACCCUCCUUCGAGUUCAAGUGUACGAGCCCACCGUAUGACAACUUCUUGGCCUCCAAGCCUGCCAGCUCCAUCCUGAGGGAGGUGAGGGAAAAGAAGAGUGUCCGGAGCAGUGAGAGCCAGACGGAUGUGUCCGUCUCUAACCUCAACCUCGUGGACAAAGUCAGGAGGUUUGGCGUGGCCAAAGUGGUGAACUCAGGACGAGCCCACAUCCCCACCUUGACUGAGGAGCAGAGGCCUCUGAUCUGUGGGCCCCCGGGGACACCGCACACCCUGGUCCCUGGAGGUCUGGUCCCCGAGGGCCUGCCCCUCGGGUGCCCAACUGUCACCAGUGCCAUCGGCGGACUGCAGCUCAGCAGUGGCAUCCGGAGGAACCGAAGCUUCCCCACCAUGGUGGGGUCCAGCAUGCAGAUGAAAGCCCCCGUGACUCUCACCUCGGGCAUCUUGAUGGGUGCUAAGCUCCCCAAACAAACUAGCUUGCGGUGA